AUGGACUAUUCCGCCAUCUCCAACGACCCAGAACACUCCACGGGUGCCUCACCUUGGGGCUCUCCGCGCGCUGACCGAACGACAUUCCCCACCUCCGGCAACGGUGACAUCCCGUCAUCCCCGUUACCCGGCCAGGACCACUCAUCGGAGGCCGCGGACAGAGACAAUGAUGCGGUGGCUCAGGCAGCCGAUCUAUCGGCACAGCUUCAGAGUGCCCAAUUAGGCGACCCGGACUACGGCGAGGAGCAGUCUCCGUUUGCUGCGCAUCAAGCUCCGACUGGCGACCAGCAACUCCCCGCACGUUUCCAGACUGGAAUAAGACAGGCCUCUCGGCCACCGGCGCCUAUCUAUAAGAUCCAAGCUAAGAUCACUGGUCUCGAGAGGACCGGAAAGAAGGAUCCUAUCCUUCGCUUUGACGUUCACACUAAUAUCCCCAAAUUCCGUACUACCCAAUAUCGCGACGUUCGCCGUACUCACUCCGAGUUUGUUAAGCUUGCCGACCACUUGAUCUCGGCCAACCCGGAAGCUUUCGUCCCCGCAGUUCCACCGCCAGUUACCCCCGCCGGGGCUGGAACCGAUGAAGAUGAAAUUCGCGUCAAGGCUUCGAUGCAACGCUGGCUUAAUACUGUACUGAGCAACGAGGUCCUUAUCCAGGAUGAUGAGGUCAUGCUCUUUGUGGAAAGUGAUUUCGGCUACAGCCCUGUGCUUCGCAUGAAGCAACCUGCUACGGGAGUGCGACGCAAGAUGUUGAAGCAGUUUGCGCCGCCUCCUGAUGACACCCCGGAACUGCAGGCGGCUCGCCCGACUGUGAAGAUGUUCUACUUGGGAGCAAUGGACUCGAGCCACAAGGUUGAUCGAGUUGUCAAGUCCCGGAGAGGUGUGGGGUUGGCCGAGUCUGAUUUCGGUGUGAAGCUUGGUCAGAUGGCCGUGCAAGAAACUCACCCUGGGUUGGGCAUGGCUUAUCGCAAGCUUGGCAAAGUUAUUCAGACCGUGGGUGACUACCAUGCGAUUCAGGCUACCGCCGAGGCCACGACUCUGGGCGAACCAUUGAGCUAUCAUUCGUCCGAUGCAUUCAUCGUCAAGGAAACCCUAACCAACCGACAUAUCUUGCUGCGAGAACUUAUCCAGGCUCAGCAGAGCGCUCGAAGCAAGGAGGCUGCAGCAGAGCGAUUGAAAGUCAGCUCAUCGGUCCGUCGGGACAAAGUAGAUGAGGCGAUCAAUUCUCUGGCAGACGCCCAGAACCACGAGGAUUACCUGACAAAGCGCACUCAGCGCGUGACGACGAAUCUGCUCCAGGAGAAGCGCAAGUGGUUCGACCGAACUACUAACGAGCUGCUUUUUAGCCUGCGCGAGUAUACCUUGCGUCAAAUUGAAGCCGAGCGACGAACUUUGGCCACCCUGGAAAGUGUCCGACCCGACAUCCGUAGCAUCGACGCUUCUGGUGGUCUGAGCCGACUGGGUCGCGAAGCCCACCCUACGGUCCGACGGUCGAACAUGGCCUCGAGCCAGGGUCCCAAGGGCGAUGCCUGGAGUGGUAUUCCUCGUCGUUCUGACAAUUUGGGCCGCAGCAUGAGCGGUAGCUUCACCGCACCUGGCCUCAACGAGGACGAGGGCGACGAGGAAAGCCAGGCAGAGUCCGGUCAGGGCCGCGCGCGUGCCACCAGCCAGGUUGGAUCGAUUGCCGAAGAAGAUGAUGAUCGACUGGAUGCACGCAAUGCUGCCAGCCGACUGGCUGCCAGCACAUUUUAA